ACGACGGCGAGAAAAAGAGCGAGGGAAAAGUCGAGAGGGACGCGCGAGCAGAAAGCCAGAUGAAAAAGUGGGAUACUGUGGAGGUAGCCAACCAAAGACCAGAAUAUACGCUUUAAAUUAUGCCACUUCACAAAUCAUCCCGGGCCCCUCGCCUGGACCCUACCAUGAUCUCAGCGCCACUGGGUGACUUUCGCCACACAAUGCACAUUGGAAGGGGAGGUGAUGCCUUCGGGGAUACCUCCUUCCUGUCCACUCUCGGCCCGAGUCCAGCCAGCCCUGACCUGGGGAGUCCAGGGAUCAUGCCAGCUGCUGAUCCUGAGGUGGCAAUCAACCACAGUGAUCUUCAUACAGAUGCUCCAGGAAGCCCACAGGACAAUGAGCUUCAGCACUCUGAGUCAGUGUCUUCAUUCACCCUGGACCUGGACUUGGAUCUGGGGCCGUCUAUGCUGGGAGAUGUAUUAGGAGUGAUGGAUGGACUGGGGCUUGAGUCCAAUGAGGGAUAUGCAUUCAGUCCCAAAAGUGGCACAUCCUCGGUGGAAACAAAGCAGGGAAAAGGGGCCAUGGAGAUGUCUGUGAACAUGCAGAAUGAGCUGAACGGGAAAAACUUGUUAGGGUUGGAUGGAAACCAGGUGGGAGACAGCAGGAUACCAGAUGGGAACGGGAUCAAGCCAAAGGGGUUAAAACCAAAAGUGAGAUUCAGUGACAAACGAGACGAGAUCAUUCGCCGGGCAUCUGAAGAGGAAGAAAGUCAAGGGUUUGACUUCCAGGAUGAGAAUCAGCUGGUGUGUCAAAGUCCAACGAGUGGUAAGAGUGAGAGGGGCGAGAGCCGAGAAGGUGAAAUUGAGUUCACCAAUCACAAAGUAGAUUUGCCACCUAGUCCUGCCUCAUCACACAGCUCAGAGUAUGAAGGAGUCACCCCAUUGGACAGAAGGAGGGUCGACAGCUGUCACUCAGAGACUGAUUCGGAGGAGGAGGAGGAGGAGGGGGAAGUAGGAAGAGGCUACACAUUUGAAGAUGAGUUUGAUGAUGAAAUUGGUCUAUAGGGGACAGGUAUGUUUUCCCCAUGAAAAAAGAUUUUUGCUGUUGAGUAAAUCAAGGAUACUGUAUUUUCCUUAACUCAUCAUUUCAGUAUCAUUUGAAUGGGAGGCUGAAACAGAAUAUAUAUGAAUGCAAACUGGAUUUUUCAACUCAGAGAUAUACAGCUAAGACGAUGUUGCUCAACGGGAAAAGACAUUGUAUGUUUUAUCUACAAGGGUAACAGAUUUGCCAAAGAAUUUUGACCAGAAAAAGCAAAAAUGUAAUUUAGGUUAUUACAGUGAAACGUUUGUAGCACUUUGAUUUUUUUUCAUUCACCUGGAAGCUUUGCUAUGAAACUAAGGCUCAGUGGAAAGUUUGAUUCAGGCUAAAUGAAUGAUGCUUGCAUUGUUAAGUUUUAACCAUGUCUUAUAUUUGCCAUCAGUUCAGUAAACACAACAGGUGUUGUAUUUACUGAACUUUACCUUAUUGUGCCUUAAAGGGAGCUGUACUUACAUUAUUGUACCCUGUGUUAUACCAGUGUCUUAUUAGUUUUUUCUCGUAUUGCAUGUUUUGAAAAGCUUUACAUACAAAGGGUCCAGAGAGACAUUGUCAGAAAAUAAAGUUAUUAUGAAAUACUGUGAAUUUGUCACAUUCCUAAUCUGACACUGUUUCUCUGGUUCAGACCGAAUCAGAGCUGUUCUCAGAAUGCAGUUAUAUUGUAUGUUUUCAUACCUACCAAAGUUUCUUGGGGCUGUGGGGCUGGACUGACACUAAAAUGCUACGGACCAGCGGUGUAUUUUUGUACAUGCUUUUUGCUUGUAUAAUGCUUGUGUUUUUGUUGGUUUUAUGUCAUAAUGCUGUAAAAGGGAGAGAUCAUAAUGCUCAUCUGUUGAAAAUGCUGGUUUAAACACGUUAACCUGUGGUUUCAAAAGGAUUACAGUGAAAACAAUAAAACUAUUAUUGGGAAUUUAAAAUAA